AUGGAAAGCUUGCUUUGUGAUGAGGUUUGGCCUUUUUCUAGCCCCAUAGAAAACGAACUAGUUGAGAAAACUACUUUACAUGGUGAGGAUCACAAUGGUGAAUAUUGUUGUCAUAUGAGCAUGGAAGAUUGUGAACAGGCUCUUACUAUAUCCCUAGAGGACGAAAAAUCUUACGCUAUUACCCCUAAGUACUUAGAAUAUCUUGCGUCGAAAAAAUUGAUCGUUCCUAGGUUUAAAAGCAUUCAAUGGUUUAUCAAGUGUCGAAGUCGCUUGAAUCUCUGCUUUGAAACCGUUUUCUAUGCUACAAACUACCUUGAUCGCUUCAUAUUAUCUAUGAAUCAGUGUAAUAUUGAAUGGAAAUACUGGAUGGUUGAAUUGCUCUCUGUUGCAUGCAUCUCCAUUGCCUCCAAAUUCAGUGACACCACUACUCCUACAUUGCAUGAAAUCAAUCUGAAUAUGGAGGAUAUGGAGCACUUGUUUCAGCCAAGUACGAUCCAGAGAAUGGAAUUGAUGAUUUUACAGGCAUUAGAUUGGCGUCUUGCUUGUGCCACUGCUUAUUCUUAUGUCGAAAUGUUUACACGUGCCCUCCACGUGACCUCCAAUGUCAAACCUCAUCUCCAACAAGAGAUUGUGGCCCAAGUCAACGACUUGCUUCUCCGAGCCAUUUCAGAUACGAAAAUGCUGGAGUUUAAGCCAAGUGUGAUUGCCUUAUCUGCUAUAUGGUGCUGUCUAGAUAAGUUACAUCCAACAGCACCCAUAACCCUUCCCUCCUCUCUUGCAGGAUUCUUUAACCAAGAUCAAAAGGAUGAUUUGGUAAGGUGUCAUAAUACGAUGGAAAUGCAGUGGAUUAAUGGAACUACGCUAUUAGAUGAUGAGGGACAGUACUGCUAUAAUUAUUGCCCAUCAAGUCCCACAACAGUGUUGUUGAAGGAGCGUAUUAAUCUACCUGAUUUCAACGUUGAUCUCUCUCUCUUCCAUAUACAACGUCCGCAAUUCAAUCUGGAUCCUUCAAUAUCAAAGAAAAAGCCUCGAAGAAGUGAAGGACUAUAUAUGAAUCAAUAA